CUUUCAACAUGGAUGAUUCAUACGCGAUAGCUACACCGCACAAUGAUGUUUUUAAUCACGCAUUCGCAGAGAUGAACCCUCACGGAGCACCAAGAAUAGGAGCUGCAGAAGCAGCUACUUUCCUUAAAAAAUCAAACUUGGCGAUGCCUGUGUUAGGCCAGAUAUGGGAGCUUAGCGACUCUCAAAAAGUUGGAUCAUUAGAUAAGAGAGGAGCAUUUGUUGCUUUUAAACUAGUCGCAGCUGCUCAACAAGGGAAGCCCGUCGCCAAUUCUUCCCUCUACGAUUCUUCCCUUCAGCCACCACGGUUUGCACCACCUGUACCACCAGCAAACAUGCAGCAUCAUUUCCAACCAUCGUUCCCAUCGGUUGGCCGUGCUCCUCCAGUGCCACCACCACCACAUCCAUCACAUCCUUAUUCGAUCUCUUCUCAACAAUCUUCUCCAGCUCAUCCAUCGUCAGCUUUUCCACCACAAUGGCCGAUAACACCAACUGACCAGGCUAAAUAUGACUCCAUCUUCCAAUCAUUGAAUCCUGUAAACGGAAAAUUGUCUGGUGCACACGUACGCCCGGUUCUGAUGAACUCUGGACUUGAUGCUCAUGCUCUGGCUCGAAUUUGGGAACUUUCGGAUCAGGACAAAGAUGGAAACCUUGAUCGAAUCGAAAUGUCUGUUGCACUUCAUCUUGUAUACCGAUCACUUCAAUCAGACCCGGUUCCUGCACAGCUCCCACCAAAUCUCAUUCAUCCUUCGAAAGCAAUGUAUGCUCACAGCUCACCGAAUUUCGCUGCUCCUCCACAUCCUCCACGUCCGAUGAUGGGAUCGAGAGCAGGAUCUGUGACGUCAUUGGAUGAUGUGAACAUGAGUCAAUCGUAUUCUGCAACGAUGCCACGUGCAUAUCCACCACAACCAGGUCGUGCUUACUCUGCACAGGCUCAUGUGAAUGGAUCACGAACCAGUGGUGCAUCAACUCCGAUAUCUGCUUCUCACUCGAUUCACUCAUUUCCUGCUGGUGAAUGGCCUAUCAAUACAGGAGAUUAUGCUGAUCAAUUUGCUCAAACUGAUACGAAUAAGGAUGGAUUGGUUGAUGGCAUGGAUAUGAGAGCUCCCAUGAUGACUACUGGAUUGAGUGCACAGAUAUUAGCACAUGUCUGGGCAUUAGCAGAUAUAAAAAAAUGUGGACAGUUGAAUUUGGAGCAAUUUGCUUUGACAAUGCAUCUUCUUGACAUGGCAAAACGAGGCGAGUCCAUCCCAUCAGAACUGCCUUUACAUCUGAUUCCACCUUCAUUCCGCCCACCUACGGAACCUUCAGCUUUGCAUCAUCCUGCUCAAUCAGUUUCAACUCCACAGCUCCCAGAAGCAACUUCGAUGGAAAUUAAAGAAGCUUUGGAAGGCGAAAACGAAGAGAUGAAGCAGCUCGCAGAGUCUAUUCAAUCAAUGCUGGUGGAGCGGAAAACUGCAGAAGAAGCUGUUUUACAACUAGAAGCUGAUAUGACUAUUAAGAACUCGAGUAUCAAAAAUCUGCAGGUUGAAUUGGCCACCUUGGAGUCGACAGUUAAACAGUUGGAGCGACAAAAAGGUGAAGCCACACGAAGAUUAGCUGAUUAUGAUACUCAAAUAGAACAGUUAGAAUCAGCAUGUAAAGCACAGAAAGAAACGAAAGAAGAUACCGAGAAACGAAUGCAACAAAUUGAUGAAGAUGCAAAGAAUGCUGAGGACUGUAAAGCAAAUGAUGAAAAAGAAAUGGAAGAAUUGAAAAAAGAAAUUGAAAUGCUCGAUAAUCAAUUCAAAACUGUUCGUGGAGAAAUUGUCAAAGAAACAUCACAAAGAGAGCAAAAGGUGGCCGAAUUGACAACUCUAGAACGAAAAGAAGCAAGAGAUCAGAUACAAAUGGAAAAGCUGGAUGCUGCAAUCGAGAACACGACAAAACUAACAGAACAAGUAUCAGAUGCAGUCGAAAAAUCCGAGGAGGAAAUGGUUCAAAUUCUGAGGUCGCAACAACGAUUAUUGUCUACUGUAAUCGAUCAAUCGUUGCUAUCCGAUGACACUGUUUAUGGAGAAACAGCUGGAACAUCAUCUCAAAAUCAUGUUCAACAACCACCUGAUCCGUUUGCAUCCGCCAGAGCAAAUCCUGCUGCUGAUCCAUUCGCCCAAGUAGAUCAGUUCGGCUCAUCUGGACAUUUUGAUGCCGCUUUCCCAACUGAUCCAUUUGCUCAAGGAGGCUUCCCAUCGGAUUCUGGCUUCGCACAAUCGGCUCCCGCAAAACCUGCUCCACCUCGCCCAGCUCCUCCAAAAUCUGCUCGCGAAACACCUGUCAAUGAUCCUUUUGCCCCAUCACAAGGACAAUCAACUCAACCGGCUGGAUUCGCUGAUUUUGCGGACUUUGGAUCGGCUUUCAAUUGAUUUUUAAUAAUUAUACCUUACCCACUAUAAGCCCCAACGCCAGUCAAAUUGUUUUACUUUGCCCAAAUGUUUACCUGUGCCAAGUCAUCGACAUAAUUUAUUGAUGCACAUUUUUAAGAUUAGUUUUUUUGCACUUUCCCACUUGAAUUGUCACUUUUCUAGGUUAUGAAAUCAGAGCAAUAAUGUUAUAUACUGUAGAAUAUGAAUAUGCAUGAUUAUUAUGUAAAUUAUGAGUUAUAAUAUAUAGUAAAUGAUUUGCAGAUU